CUAGGGGGUGGGGUGGUACGGAAACCCUAUCACCAGGGAAGAGGGGGGCGGGGGCGCACAGCAAAUUUCCUCCUAAUCCGUUUCUCCCUUGGGCGAUGGCUUCCAUCGCUAUGGCUGCCUCGUUGCGAACCUUCCUCCGCCCUCACCGUUGCCGUCUCCUCCUCCGCCAGAGCCGCAGCCUCUCCGCCAGCGCCGCCCCGGCCGGUGCCGCCGCCGCAUCCACGGUUAUCCGGCGCAGCGUAGUGGAGGUGCUCCGGGAGCGGGGGCUCGUGGAGGCCACCACUUCUGAGUCUCUGGGGUCGGCUUCAGCGAGCCCUAGGGAGCUCAAGGCGUACUGCGGCUUCGACCCCACGGCGGAGAGCCUCCACCUCGGGAACCUCCUCGGGCUCGUCGUGCUCUCCUGGUUCCGCCGCUGCGGUCACAACGCCGUCGCGCUCGUCGGCGGCGCCACCGGCCGUGUCGGUGACCCCUCUGGAAAGAGCGCCGAGCGGCCCGAGCUCGACCUCGCCGCCGUCGAGACCAACUCCAACGCUAUCAAAUCGCUCAUCGGCCAGAUCCUUGACCGUGCACCCGAGCCCUCCCAACAUUCGCAAUCCGGUAAAAACUUGAACUUGGAGCAAAAUGAGCAGGCUUUGGUCAAUUCGGGAGAAAAGAUGGGUUCUUUUCAGAUCCUUGAUAACUAUGACUGGUGGAAGGACAUCACGCUGCUGGAUUUCCUCAAGGAGGUGGGGAGAUUCGCUCGUGUUGGGACGAUGAUAGCCAAGGAGAGUGUCAAGAAGCGGCUUAUGUCCGAGGACGGAAUGAGCUACACUGAGUUCACCUACCAGCUGUUGCAGGGCUAUGACUUCCUGUACAUGUUCCGCAAUAUGGGUGUUAAUGUGCAGAUUGGAGGAAGUGAUCAGUGGGGAAACAUCACAGCGGGGACUGAGUUAAUUCGGAAGAUUUUACAGGUUGAGGGGGCACACGGCCUGACAUUCCCACUACUGCUGAAGAGUGAUGGGACGAAGUUUGGCAAGACGGAGGAUGGAGCAAUCUGGCUUUCGCCCAAGAUGUUGUCACCAUACAAAUUCUAUCAGUACUUCUUCUCAGUGCCAGAUAUUGAUGUCAUAAGGUUUAUGAAGAUACUGACAUUCAUGAGCCUGGAUGAGAUUCAGGAGCUGGAAGAGUCGAUGAAGAAGCCUGGCUAUGUGCCGAACACAAUUCAGAGGAGGCUUGCAGAAGAGGUCACACGUUUUGUGCAUGGUGAGGAGGGAUUGGAGGAAGCGUUGAAAGCCACGGAAGCCUUACGGCCUGGGGCACAGACUCAGUUGGAUUCACAAACAAUUGAGGGGAUAGCAGAUGACGUACCAUCAUGCUUUUUGCCAUAUGGCCAAGUUUUGAAGUCUCCCCUGGUUGAUCUAGCAGUCUCCACAGGUUUGCUUGCUAGCAAAUCAGCGGUUAGGCGGCUUAUUAAGCAAGGGGGGCUAUACUUAAAUAACAUAAGAAUUGAUAGCGAGGAUAAGUUGGUUGAGGAAGGUGAUGUAGUUGAUGGGAAAGUGCUGUUGCUAUCUGCUGGAAAGAAGAACAAGAUGGUUGUGAGGAUAUCUUGAUUGUUUUAAUUUGUUCGUUGCAUUUAAAUUUUUUUAUCAUUGAGGAGCAAAGGAAUGAGACGAAGUCUUGUAUUAAGAAUUUAAGAUUAAUUUUGAUGAACAUCGGCAUUAAUUUUAAUGCCACUUUACUGGAAUGAUUAAACUGAUGAUACUGUUAGUCUUCUGUUGAGCAGCCAAUAUUUGAAAAGGAAACUCCUAUACUGCCUUUGUGUGAGUUUACUUCAGAAACCUAACUGACUUAAAUUUACUAUAUGGCAGAGAUUCAUGUUCUGUUUAGUUUGGACACCAUGAGAUAAAGCUAGAACGAUGCUGCAGCUAUAGUUUUUGUUAGUUUAUCAUAUUUGUUGAAUUUUCUGUAACAUGGGCAACCGUACAUGGUUUGUGAUGGUGGAACCAUUGCUUUACAUUAGUUACUAGCUUCUGAUUGUGAAGGUGCUGAUGAUUUUUGAUUGCUUCAGAUUGAUAGGCUAGCAAGAGAUGCCUGAUGAUUUAGUUCUAUGUUGCAGAAGCAGAUAUUGGCUUUUGAGAUGUAGUCCUUUCUGGGGAUGAUUCAACACCUCUUGUUGUGAUGACUGGAUUAACUAGUGAUUUUACUGCUUCUGUAAGUCCCUAUGAUUGCGCUACCAAAUUUGGUUUAAUAAAUAAGAUCUAGAAAUUUGCCAUAAAAUCCAUUUUAAAUGUUUGCCUACCUUCUGAACUUGUUCCAAACAUGAUGUAGCAGUCUCUUCCACAACUGCAAGUUUCUUCAUAGGCAAAUCUUUUAAUGAUAUAUGGCAUUAGAAAGUUGAAGAUUCAUCUGCUUUAACUGACAUUGCUUUUAUUAAACGUAAUUGUGUAAACCAAUGUCUAGAGAUGCAAAAGAUGAUAACAUUUGCCAAAAAAUGAACUACAGAUAGAAGUUUCAAAAAGGCAUUUGCCAAAAAACGAAUGGUCAGACGUAUGUCUAAAAGUCAAUAGCAUCAUCUAUUAAAAACUGGAGUAUUAAUUAAGUGAUUGACUAGGCAGUUAGUUAUAUAAUCAACCUAUUCAUUGCACGAGCAAGCAAAUUUUGUGUAAUGUUAAUUUGCACGGACAACUAUUUAUUUCAAUUUUAACUUCUAUGCGGAAAACAAUCUCUUCCUUUGCAUUGCUUAAUAGAGGCUGUAGGAUUCACAUGUGAGAAAAUUCGACAUAUAUGAUCUAUUCUUUUUACUGAUUACAGUGAGAAUUUCUAAUUUUUUAAUUAAUGUAGGAAUUCAGCUUUUUGUCCCCUAGAAUUAAUAUGGUGGUUUCUAGGAGAGCAAACUGAAUAUGGUGGAGAGUAUCUUUGUAACAUCAUUUAAAUUUAUUUGUUAUUUUUUUGUGAUCCCUUGCACUGUGUGGCUGAGUAAUUCAUGUUUGUUCUUUUGAAACUGAAUCAUGUCUUACAUGGUAAAUGUUAGGACUGAUAGCGAAUGGCAAGUCACUGCAUAUUUGUAAUGGCAUGGAUCAAAUUAACCCUAUUUUUUAUUAUGAUUUCUAACCAUGGGUCCAGAUCCCCUGGUUGAAACUUGGAUCCCUUCACGAGAGUGGAAAUGGGAGAAGUGGAGUUAAGCCUAAAUCAAUGAUGGAGCAUGUGGAAAUUAGCAAACCCUCAAAUACAGAAUCUUGCACCAGGAAAAAAGAUGUCACAGAAUUGCAUGUUUGGUAGCAAUUGCUGAAACAUGUUCAACUGGUGCUUGUUCCUCAAACUAUUUAUCCUUGCAGUAUGAUUGUUUCUACUGUGCUGGAUGGACAGAAGAUAUCCAUGUGGUUUUCCAAUUACCUUCAUUAGAAGUAUCCACAGGCUCCCUUGUUUGCUGUUAGGGUAAGCAUAGGUGCCAAUAUUCUUGUUUUAUUUUCCAUAAUCUCCUCACGUGCAUGCAAUUUGCUAUUUACUGCAGUUGGUAUUGAAUAAUUGAACUGCAAUUUUCAUUUUGUAUUUCUUAUCUGUUAUCCUUUUAGGUUAUGUGUCACAGAGAAUAAGGUGAGGGUACUCCUGUGGCUGGUGCUGUAUCUGUUGCUCACCCUUGGAAUAUGGCUUCUGCUGGUCACUGUCUACAAAUUUUUUUUGCAUUUUGUUAUUUCAUGGAUUAGUGAUAUUCUUUUAUGCAUACUUAAUUUAUUUGAGACACAACCUUUGCCCUUCAUUGUGUUACUUAUAUGUUUGUUUGCAAACUACUUCCCUCGAUGUCUUACAGAAUGGAUAGCAAAUGAUAGUCUCUUCUAGCGCUUCAGCUCAUCAAUUAUAUUUAUAAUAAUUUUCUGACUUCAUAUCAUAAUAUUUUGUUAUGUCAUUUCAACGUUGCAGGUAACCAGCAGAUUUAUUUCUCUCAAGUUUGUUCAAUGAUGUUAUGACGGAGCUCUUGCAAUUGGUCUCAAAAGGACAUCUGAAACUAGCGUCACAUGUGCCUGCCAGCGUGGACAGGGCACAAAUGACCACUCUUGUUGGACCUGAGAUAUCUGCUAGGUUUGUAACACAAAAUACAACUAUAAGUGUUUUGCUGUGGAGAAACUGAGGAAAGAGUAGGCUAAAGGUGAAAUGAGCUGAAAAUGCAAAUUUGCCUCCCAUUUUAAAGGUAAACUGUGAUGACUUAUUUUUCUACAAGAUGCAGAUUCUGGUGGGUGUGGGAUUGUUGUCAGGGAUACAAAUGAUGGUGUUUUUAUGGCUGCAGCCUAAUAUAUUAAUCUAGACCCUGGUUUUGAAAGUUUUCCUUCCCACUCUCUAUGUACUGUACUGCUUUGAAAGUAAAUGGUGUCUUCCCUAGAAAACAUUAUAUGGAAAAUGGAGCUACUAAUUCAAUAAGUUGUUGGCGGUUGAAAGAGAUUUGUUUAUUGGCACCAGACACCAGUGCAUAUACAUACACCGGUUCUUGGAUUUCUGCCAUUGGCAUCUGCUGUAGUGCAUAGCAUCGCCGUCAAAUGCUAAAGGUUGAAUAGUGCCACCCUGCUAGCUAUUACCUCUGUCCCUAAAAUAUAGCAACUUUGCUGGUUAAAAUAUAGCAUCUUCUACUGGAUAUGUAUAGAUUAUACUAGAAAAGAAGCCGCGUAAUGGGCCAACCAAUAGGAAAUAUCAAUGGGCCAACCUGAGAGAGGCCCAUCUGAUGACAACAUCUGUCAUCUCUCCAGGCUUGAGGGAAAAACAUGGAAAGAAUUGCUUUGGCAACAUUACAGCUCAUCCAAAGUUCUCAUCGGAGAGUUCGCUUGAUUACAGUAAGUCGGUAACUGCUAAGAAAAGAUCAAACCGCAUGUCAAAACAAUCGAAAACAGGAUAGAGUUUCUUUUAUUCCCCCUUAAAGUAGCAAUUAUAAAAAUCUACCAAGUAUAGUUUCUACUGUUCAGCAAACAAUUAACUAACUCGAUUCAUAGCUUGCAUUCUGAUAUAUUCGCUUUGUUCUUGAUCCAAAUCUCCAAUUGCAGGAAAAGGUGAAAUGCGCUUAUGGUAGGAAGUCUCUAGCUGUGUGGACCAAGCCUAAUAUUCCAACCCACCCCAACUCUGAUUAUCUGAUAUAAUCUGCCUUUCUGUACUAUGCAUUUCUUUAUGAACUUUCUGUGCAAAUGAGAAUAACAGUUAA